AUUUAUUUACUUAUUAAAUUUUUCAUCUACAUUUUGAAGAGCACUGAACUAUAAAUGUAAUCUACACCUGGUGACGGUAGAAUCUUUAAAAAUGUAAAUAUUUACGGAUGAAUUAAGCCUGGUCACAAAACAAACAAUAUCACAUAUAAAGUUUAAGUUACAGGUUGAUAAAAUUAAUCUUAUUGCACAAAGAGUGUUUUAAGGGAGUGUUUUUUCAUACAGUUACUAAGAAAAAUGAUUUAAUGAUUUAAGUAAAGUGAUUUAAUAAGACCGGUGCACACGUGCCUAAGCGUACUUCAUGUUUUUAUUAAUACACUUAUUUACCAUUGUAUUAAUGCUUUGUCAUACAUUUAUUAGAUUUCAAGGUUGAACUCACAAGUAGUGACCUGAAUUGUGAUAAGAUAGGCUAAUGUCCCACUUGCAAUUGACAUCAGCAAACACUGGUUAUGCAAUGGCUGAUAUCAUAUGAAUUUCAAUUUGGCUUAAUAGAUAAUGAUGUUUGGUAAUUUAAUAUUAGAGUUCACGUUCAGUUGCUAUCAAAUUCACAGCUAGUCCUGAACCGUACACGUUUAAAGAGGCAUUUCAAAAUGGCGAGUCGCGAGUUUCCCAAAACUUAUUUAACUUUUGAAGGGCGCAAAGUUGUCGAUGGCAAGAAAAGGCAAUAUUGGGUGCAAGAUGCAACGGAGGAUAUGUUUCAAGAAAUUGAGGAUUUGAUUGUGACCAAGUUUGUCGGUGAUGAGCCAACAACAAAAUAUAUGAAUUGUCUUGAUGAUCCUGUAAGCUUACAAGAAUUCCGUGUUUUGUGGGCAAAAGUAUUACAGGAAAAGCACACAAUUGUUUGUCUUACUAAAGAUGACCAGAAUAAUACAAAACUUGCCGGUUUCAACGUGUUAACAGAGAGCAAAGCUGAUGAGAAAGUCGAUUAUCCGGCUACUGGGGAAUGUGCCAAGAAACUGUUCACAAUUUUUAAAUGGAUAGAGGCCCAGCGCGAUUUCCAUACAGAGUUCAAAGUUCCACGCAUAAUGAAAGCCUUGGGUUUGUUUGUCCUGCCAGGGUAUCGUGGUGAAGGGCUUGGCGAACGUAUUCUUGAGGCUCGUGAAUACAUAUGCCGAUACUUAGGUUUCCCUGCUACAUUGACGGCAUUCACAUCAAUUAUUUCACAAAAACUGGCAGCCCGAGUUGGUUUUAAAGACUUUUAUUGCAUUGACUAUGAAGAACUCGGAAGGAUUGAUAAGGCAAUGCAUAUUCCAGAUAUACACAAUCACACAAAGACAAUGAAGUAUAUGUACAAGAUUUAUGAUUGAUUUUUAAUCAACUGUUGUAGAAUUAUAUUUACAUUUGAGUUUUU